GUGAUCCUGUGGUGGGAUCCUACUAACGUUUGGCUUGCCAGCAAUCAAUCGAAUACUGCAGUUUCUUACGUGCGGAUCUGUCACGAGCACGAAAUAUCUUUUUAUCCUUACUUGUCGUGUAAACAGCUAACUAUUUCGAGAAGCGACACGAUCAAGAUGCAUCUUACCGGACACGUUAAGAUUCUAUUCACACUCGUCCUCUUUUCGUCGAUUUCCGUUUUCGGGUUUCCAGACGGUGGGCCGGUGGACGCGUGCGUGAAGCCACGACCUAAUCAACCCUACCAUGGUGAAGCACGGUCACAACCCUUAAACACGAGCCCUUACAAGAUACUGGCUUCGUCGUCGCAGUACGGACCAGGUUCGCAGGUCACAGUCACCAUUGUGGGUGCCCCGUUCAAGGGAUUCUUCGUGCAGGCGCGUGACACCACUUCAAACAAAUGGAUUGGAUCUUGGACGCGUACGCCGAAUACAAAUAUACAUUCCGAGUGUAGUGCUGUGACGCACGCUGAUCCACAUGAUAAGGAGCAAGCCACCUUCAUCUGGAACUCACCAGCGGACGCACGAGGAAGUGUUUACUUCACUGGAACUGUAUUGAAGGACUAUGCAACGUUCUGGUCCGAGCUUGUGUCACAGGUGGCACAAUAAUUCAUCAGCAUACUGUUUGAAUCUUUACUCGUCGACGAAGUGCUUUCGCCAAAGGAUAUAUUCCAUCUUUACACAAAAAUUUUUUAAUUUUAUUUGUACGUUGCAUAUUUUGAUACAUUUGCGACAUGUUAUGCAAUAUAGAUAUUUUACAUAAAUCUUGUAUUUUUGUACUAUUGCAGAAAUGCC